ACCUAGGUACAGCGCAUGCGUCCUCUCAAACCCGUCUCCCCGCAGCUUCUCCCUUCGAAUUUCCAGUUCCGGCCUCCCAAGGGCGGAGACAAGCUAGGAAUUAUGCGGCUAUCGGUCGCAGCCGCCAUCUCCCAUGGCCGCGUAUUCCGCCGACUGGGCCUUGGUCCCGAGUCCCGCAUCCACCUGUUGCGGAACUUGCUUACGGGACUUGUGCGACACGAACGCAUCGAGGCGCCAUGGGCGCGCGUGGACGAGAUGAGGGGCUACGCCGAGAAGCUCAUCGACUAUGGGAAGCUGGGAGAUACCAACGAACAAGCCAUGCGCAUGGCUGACUUCUGGCUCACGGAGAAAGACUUGAUCCCCAAGCUGUUUCAAGUACUGGCCCCUCGGUACCAAGGUCAGAAUGGGGGCUACACGAGAAUGCUGCAGAUCCCAAAUCGGAGUAAGCAGGAUCGGGCCAAGAUGGCAGUGAUCGAGUAUAAAGGGAACUGCCUCCCACCCCUGCCCCUGCCUCGCAGAGACAGCAACCUUACACUUCUAAACCAGCUGCUUCAGGGCUUGCGGCAGGACCAGAAAGCAAGCAUCCACAGCUCCCACACAGCUCAAACACCAGGGAUUUAACUGGAGCCAAAGGGUGUAUAGCACCCUCAUCAGUGCCCAUGCUCACAGUAAUCUCUAAGAAAAACUGGAGCUAGAGUCAUUAACGGACAGUCUUAAUGGAAAAGUUUCUGGGGAACCAGAUAAAUCAUCUCUUUGCACAGUAGAUAAAAUUCAUUAUAUGAAUGUAUGUAUGUAUGUAUGUAUUUUUUUUCCUCUCCUUGGGAUUUCUGGAGAAUGAGAACUAUCCAAAUGCUCAGUCUCCUUGGGUUAGUGAAUUCACUGCUUAUGUUUCUGGCUCUUCACUUGGGUUGUUUGGUUAGCACAGUUUUGUUUUUCUUAAUGCCAGUUUAUAUGGGGCACGUAUCCUAUAAUUCCAAACUGGCCUCCAAAGGUGAUUGAGUUUUGACAUCUCGCAUAGAGAUUGAGCCCCUAGGAUUUCUUAGAGAAAGAUUACUCCCUGACAGGGACCUAGAAUUGAACACCUAGAAUUGAACCUUCCAUAAUAAUCUGAUACUUUGGGAAACUUCAAGAAACACUACAACUAUUCCUGUUUCUAGGCAGGAUCACAUAUUACCCCCAUGUGUUCCCCUCAGCCCUGAAUAGACCUUAGAGGACAGGACCUGAGAACUCAGAUGUACUACCGUCCUGGUCAGCGUCAGUGGAAGCAUUCAGUAAAGGAUAAGCCCCUUCCUCUUGGAGUUGGGGGUGGGGGAAUAAAGGAGAUAGUUGAAGUAGGAGAAGGAUUAGGAAGUUAAAUGUGAUGGGAAUUUCCUGGAAGCUUUUAUUGUUGUCAAAUCUGGGCUUCUCUGGGAAUUCAGAAAAGGGAAAUCCGGCUUCCGAAUGGCCACGGCAUAGGAGAAGUGGGAGGCUCCUUUAUAUCCACUAAUUAGUGUGAACCCAGACUUAGCCCAGCCAGGCUCCCCAUUCCUCAGGCUCAAAGGUUUGACCAGGGUAGUAGUCAUGGGAAGACUUGUAACUAUCAUUCCUGCCUGAACACUUGAGACAGCAAGGCCUGACAAUUCCUGUAUCUCUAGCACAGUGAAAAGAAGAAAUUUCAUCUUAGGCUGGACCUUCAGAGUGUAAUGGGCUUGCUGAACCUAACCAUUGUCAGAAAAUAAGGUGAGGGUCGAGGGGGUCACUGAUCUAGUGACAGAGCUCUAUGCUAUGUCACUGCAGCUGCUCUAGGCUUAAAAUUCAUCUGCUCCCAACAGGGUUCUUCCAUCUCUUUCCCUCUAAUUUGUCCUUCACACUAUUGCCAGAAAGCUCUUUCUGACAUGUUUUUAGUAGCAUAUCAUAGAUACACAAAGCAUUUUUUCAAUAAACCUACAAUUCUGAAUGCUUCCCCCAAAUUCACCCCCUUCCUAUCCUCUUGGCAUGAACAUUCACCUCACCUAGAUAUCUUGGAGUAAUCCCCAACUCCUAGAGAAAGUACUUUCUUUAGAAUUAAAACCGCAUCUGUUAAGUAUUAUCACAGGUGGGUUAUGGCUGGACUCUACUAGCUUUUCCUCUCAGUCCCCAGAAACCGACCUCCCCUUGGGGCUUUCAACAGUUCCUGAGCAUCUAAGCAUCUGCUACUAUCCAGCAUCAUUUUAGUCCCUAGGGAUACAAUCUUGACCAACUGUUUGGUAUAUGUCAGGCCCUAGGCUAGGUACUAAGGAUAUAGAGGUGAGAAGAAACAACCUUUGCCGUCAAGGAACUCACAAUCUGAAGUGCCACUUCUGCUGCCACGAUGGCCUCAGGGACAGUGCAUCUUUAAUAUUUUGGCCCAUAAAAGAAUACAUGAGUCCCAGAACACUUACUGAAGGCUCAGGGAUAACACAAGGGAAAUAAACAACAACACAUCCGUUUUCUAAUCUGGCCUGUAAAUAACUUUUUUCACCUCGGUGGAAUAUGCCCUCAAAAUCCAUCUAAGUACCUCUUUAAUAAAUUCCAAACCCUCAAGAGAGGGGCCCAGAUAAACUGGAGUUCCCUCUUUACUUUUACAGGUUCUCAGUCUUGGGCCCCAGUUCUUUAUGGCAAGGUUGACAGCUAUGCCCACUUCUUUCAAAAAAUGACAAGGGUACUCCAGCUUCACCAAACCAGUGACGUAAUGUAGUACAGCCCAGUAUCCAAAGGAGACACUACAAAAGCCAGGCACUGCUUACUUACACAUAUUCUAUAGUCAAAUGAGCAAGUCUUGUUGCUUUUAUUUCCAUAAUGUUUCUAAAAUCUGCAGUCAUCUCUCCCUAGUCUGAAAUCUAAGACAUCUCUAUCUCGGAUUACUGCAAAAGCCUCCUUCCUAACUUGCCUCCCUCCACACUGCAGAUGAAGUAAGAGAAAUGUGAUGUUUUAAUUCUCUGAUGAUCUACAGUGCCUCCUCCUUUCCUAUGGGGAAAGAAUCCAGGUUCCUUACCAUGGUCCCCUUGGUGACCAGGCAUCUGUUCACUGCUCCAUUUCCCUCCCUUGCCUCCCAAUUUUAUGUUCAGGAAGCAUGGAAGUCCUUAUUUUGACUUUCCCUGUGCAGAGCUCCCCUUAUUACCUUUUGUUCAUGCAGUCUCUACCACCCAGAGAACUCUCCCCCUUUUACCUGCCUAACUUGUACAUGGACUUUUGGCAUUGGGGUGGCUCCUCUGACCAUCCCCACACCUAAGUUCCUUGCUUUGUGAACCUAGGUGUUGCUACAAUAUUUCUGUAAUGCCCUGAAUUUACCACGUUGCACUCUAGUUCCCUACAGCUACAGCAGUUGGUUCCCAAACAUUCAUUAGUCAAAGGUAGUCCUAGUAUUUCCAUUCCCUUGCUGUUAAUGGGCUCAGCGAUGGACAGGCCUAAACUAAUUUGAAGCAGUACGAAUCCGGUCUCUACUGUGCUUGAUAAGAAUAAGGUAGCAUGUUAUUGUGAGUGCCAUAACUGGCUUUAGUCUGAAGAUAACACGGAAUGGUAGGUCAGAACAACUAAGAGAAACUAUAUAGUAAUAAUCUUUCGUGAUUCUUCCCACUUGCCCUGGGUUUUCUGUUAAUUGCUACCAAAACUAAUCUGAUAUAUUGAUUUGUACCACUGAGCCUUUAGUGUUUCUCAAAAAUGCUUUACUGUGACCCACAGAUCAAAACAUAUUUUACAUCAGAGUACUAUUCACAUAUAUGUAAUUGAAGCAAAAGCAUCACAAAAUAUUAUUUACCUUAACAAAUAUGAUUCACACUGAUAUUGUCAAGUCUUUUCUUGUUACUUUUUUAAAAUGCUGGUGCCGGUUCGCUAAAAUAACUUUUACAACUAACGGUUUAUAACCUGUGUUUUGAAAAACACUGAUCUGAACCGAUAUUACAGUGACUCACCAUUGCCUUUGCUGGAUAAAAUCCAGACUUCUCUCGUGACACAAAGGCAUUCGAUGGCCUGGCCCAGCCGCCUCUCAGCCUCUUCUACCACUAUUUGCUAUCCUUCCUAGGAAAUUACUUCUCUGAAUAUAUCAUACCUUUGUGCACGAGGCUUCUACUAUAGCUUGCCUCCUUUCACGUUACUUCUUACUAAUCAUGUGCUUCUCCUCAGAAGUCACUUUUUUGAGGCUACCUCCAAACUUCACACAACCCUCCAAACAGAACUAGGUUCCUCCUUGUGUGCAGUUACAGUCUUCUGGCAUAUGCUUAUCAAAGUGCCUGUCUGCUUCACUGACUCCACUCAGCGGAGCUCCCAAAGCCGGGAACUAGGACUCAAAUCUGCUGGAUAACUCUUCCUACUAUAGGACCUGAUUCAUAAUAUGCUUAUUAAGUGAGGAGGAGUGAGCCAUACGUUAUCCAUGACAUUCAACUCGAUAGCUGAGCUUGACAAAACCAAUAAACAUGGUACUAUGCAGGCACAGUGCUAAGCUACACUGCUGGAAAUACCAAGACUAAAGAAAUGGGGUCCUUCCUCUCCAGGGAUUUACAUGCUCAUAAUGACUGUCAAGAGUGUGUGUGUCUUGCACGCAUGCUCACUCUCUUGCUCUCUCGCUCUCUCUCUCAAAUAAACAUUAAAGGAAAAAAAAGAAUGUGUGUGUUUAAUUCAUUUCCCACACAUUUCAUAUUCCAACUUCCUGAAAUAUUUCUAACCAACCUAUCGGCAGAAGACACCUAUACUUUUCCCAAGUUUUAACCAGAGGCUGAAAUGAUGUCUCUUGUGACUUAUUCACUGAAUUCCCCCAAGCAAAACUAGACAUAUUCCCGGUAUUUCCAGUAGUCCAGUUUCAUGUUGCACAUCCUUCAUUAUAGCAAUGACACAAUUACAUUGUUCAGCACCCAUCACUAGACUGCAAACUCCUUGGGGGGUAGAGGAACAUACCUAAUUUACUAUCAUGCCACCCAACAGAGAACAUGGGACAAAGUGGGCAUCUAUAAACGUCUAUUGAUCGAAUCAGUGCAUUGUGCUAAGUUUGUCAGCCUAGGUCUGCAUUUUGGUUGGGCUCAGUAAUUCCUCCCUUCCCUGGUUUCCUCCCAUUUCAUCUGAAAAAGAACUUCCUGCAAAGCUGAUUGCCCAUUGUUGACUGCAGGAUAAUGUUUGUACCCUUAGGCUUUCCCCUCCCUGCCCUUAAAUGCAUGGGCAUAUUAUAGCUCUCCUCUGACCCUGGGACUUGAAUUUGGUAGUUAAAUUUCAGAUGCCCUGAUAAUAGAAAUGGUCUGUGUGUUAUAUUUCAAGGGAAAAAGUUUAAACUUUUCUGACAUUUUAAAUUCUGUUCCAUAAUACAUGUUUAAUAUAAAAACUGGUUUUCCUCUUACAAAUUAAAUAUUGUAAAUUAGACGCACAAGUUUCCUGUCAAAAUUGAUGCUAUAGGAAGAUGAGCCUGUUUACACUGUGGCUUCACAUUUACCCUGACACACUACUGUGUAGCCCAGCACAAGAAGCACAACGUUGGAGUUUUACUGCUACUCACUUUCAAGGAGAUGAAAAUACAAAAAAAAAAAAAAAAAAAAAAUGUUCCUAGAGAUAUCACUGAAAAUUUUCUGCCAUUGUUCUGACUUAAUUUGUAAUUGCUUUUGCUUAAAAUGAUCUCAGAAUCUUUCUUACAAGUAUUUUUUUCUUUUGUCCCAGACGGAAAAAUGGUUUCAUUUUUGUAUGUGCUGAGUUUGAGAUGCCUGAGAGCAUCUGGAGCUUAGGAAAGAGUUCUUCACUGGGAGAACAUUUUGGGAGUUGUUGGCAAUUAAAGCUAAGGAAAUGGAUGGGGUGACUCAGUGUAUAUAUAGAAGGAAAGGAGGCUGAGAUCAGACAUUAUGGGGCAGACAGGAUAUAGAAGCUAUGAAGAAGACUGAGAAAUUGUCUUUAAGAUAGGCAAGAGAACCUGCAAAAUUCACAAUUUCUAGUACAAUGCACAUAGGCACUCAAAAAAAUAAUUAUCAAAUCUAUUUAGCAAGCGUAUUCCUUCUACAUUCAAAGCACUAUGGAAAUACAGAAAAUACAGAGACCCAGCUGGCCAUUUGGAGGGAGAAGAGCAUAUAGUAAGACAGAUACUAUGAAAGUGGUGCACACAGGCAUACUGAGUACCAAGAAAGAAGGUGAGCAUGGAAUUUUUCAGAGGAAACAAUACAAGGGCUAAAUCCUAAAGAAUGAAUAGGUAUUCAUUAAGCAUGGGGGAAAGAAGUCAGCUUGGAGGACAUUACAGGCAGCAAGAUCUGCAGGUAUAAAUGCACUGAAUUAUGAAACAGCAUGGAGUGGUUGAGAAAUUCCAAGUAAGUAAUUUGGUACAGCUGGAAUUUAGUAUUUGAGGAAGAAGUGGAGGAAAUGAAGCAGGAAAGCCAAGCAAGAUCAGGUUACAAAGGGCCCUGUAAGACAUGAUAAAGUGCUUAGUUUUUAUACUGAAGACCAGGGAAAGCCACUGAAGGAUUUUUAAAUGGGGAGAAAAGGGAUCAGAUUUACAUUUCAGAAAGAUUAUUCGUGCAUGGGUCAGAGGGGCAAGACUAGAAGCAAGGAAACCAAAUAGGAGGCUAGUUAAUGAAUCCAGAGGGAGUUGGUAGAAGACUAGAUGAGGCCAGAGGCAGGGGAGAUGGAGAGAAGCUGACCAGACAGCUCAGAGGAGACAAGAGACUAGACAUUGUAUGUAGUUACAUGAGGGAGAGGAAGAACACAAGAGUCGAGGAUGACACCAGGUUUCUACCUGGGCAGUUGGGUGGAGUAAUUACAUUCACAGAGAACAAGGAUAGCAAAGGAAAAGCAGAUUUGAGAUCACUGUGCUGAACUUUGUUGUAGGCAUAUUUGUGUUAAGGAGCUGUCUCGUGAACAGUUAUUCUGGAGGUCAGAGGAUAUGUGUAAGCUAACAAUACAGAUGUGAGAGUCACACACACAGGGGAGCUGAAGCAAUUAUACUAGAUGAGAUUUCCUACUCAAAAAAUACACAGUAAGAGAAAAAGAAGGCCUAGGAGAUAGCAACAUUCAAAGGCCAGACAGAGAAAGAAAUUCCCUGAGGAGGAUGAAAAGAAGGACCACAACUAGAACAUUGGUGUGUCAAAAUCCAGAGAAAGAGGGUGUCAAAAAUAUCCAUUUGUGUCUAUCUCCCUCAAUAGAUUGAGUUCUUGGGGGCAGACACUAGAUAAUUUUGUAUUCUCAGAACCUAAUGUUGGCCAGGCUCCAGAGUAGUGGAUUAGUGAGUAUCUUUAGCCAUUGAACUUGGAAAUGAGGAUGUUCACUGCUGACCUCUGAUAGAGCAGUCUCUUGAGAGACGCAAAAUCAACAAUCCUAAAGACAACUUGAGAAGUAUGACAACGGGGGGGGGGGGGGGGUGGAGAAGGGGCACCUGGAUGGCUCAGUCAGUUAAGUGUCAAACUCUUGAUUUCAACUCAGGUCAUGACCUCAUGGUUUAUGAGUUUGAGCCCCACAUCGGGCUCUGUACUGACAGUGUGGAGGCUGCUUGGAAUGCUCUCUCUCAUCAUCGCUCUCUGUCCCUCCCCCACUCAUUCUCUCUCUCUCUCUCUGUCUGUCUCUCUCUCUUUCAAAAUAAAUAAACUGUAAGGAAAAAAAAAAAGAAAAGGGAAAACAGGGUAGAGAUAUACCAGCAACUUGAGAGGAAAGCAGAUUUUAAAAAUAAAUUUUGAAGGUUAAUGUAUUCACUUUUGUUGUGGUCUGAAUGUGUGUGUACUCCCAAAAUUCAUAUGUUGAAAUCCUAAUGCCUGAUAUGGCAGUAUUAGGGGAUGGAGCCUUUGAGAUGUGCUUAGGUUAUGGUGAAGCCCUCAUGAAUGAGAUUAGUGUUCUUAUGAAGAAGACCCACAGAAAUUCCUUGCCCCUUCCACCAUGUGAGAUAACAAUGAGAAACCACUGGCUAUGAACCAGGAAGAGGGUCCUUCACCAGAACUUGACUGUGCUAGCACCUUGGCCUUGGACUUCCCAGCUUCCAGAACUGUGAAAAAUAAAUUUCUGUUGUUUAUAAACUA